UAUUUAGUUGUUGAUUUGAAACGUCUCGAGUCAGAAUGUUUUGUUGUGUGUAAUCGUUUGCUUUAUACAUGACAACGAAAGCGCAUUUUUUGGUAAAGUUAGUUUGACCUUCAUUCCAAGCGCUUGGGGAUUUCUUGGAAUAAUUUUGUUGCGGCGUAUUUCAAAGUAUUGAUAAAGUCACAUUUUAGACAACUAAGAUAAUUAUUAUUAUGGAAGUGAAUUAUAAAAUUGAAAGAUUUUAAUGUUUACUUUAGUGAUAGUGCCUUUACCUAGCUUCGUGUGCGCGUAUUAUUCAGAAAAAUGAAAUUUUCUUCCGUAUUAGUUCUGUGUUUAUAUUUUAUUUUAGUUGACUGUCUACCAGUACCUCAACUUGAUGAUCGAAUCGAUAUAAAAGUCACACUUCACGAAGCUGCCUCCAGUGGUGACAUUGAAGAGAUUCAAGAGCUAAUAUCGAAAUGUGAAAAUGUAAAUGCAAAAGAUAAUUCCGGAAAAACGGCACUUCAUUUAGCUGCAGAGAACGGUUAUUUAGAAAUCGUUAAAUUUUUGGUUAAAAAUGGCGCGGAAGUUGAUGUGACUGAUAAUUUUGAUGAUACUCCUCUGCAUUUGGCUUCAAAAAAUGGCCGUGAUGAUGUGGUUGAAUUUUUGGUGAGUGUACGAGAUGCUGAUGUUAACGCUUCGAAUUCUGUUGGAGAAACACCAUUUCAUUCAGCCUCCAAAAAUGGCCAUGAAAAAAUUGUCGAGUUUCUGAUGCAAUGCGGUGCUCGGGUCGAUGUCACAGAUAACGUUGGAAACACACCUCUCCAUUUAGGAUCAUCCAAAGGCCAUGAAAAGGUGGUAGCUUUGCUGGUCUUGAGAGGAGCUAAUGUAAAUGCUGUGAAUGAUCUUGGGUGGACUCCACUGCAUUUGGCUUCAAAAUACGGUCAUCAAAAGAUCAUCCAACAGCUGCUCAAGAAAGGCGCCAAUGUACAAUAUGAAAACCAAGACGGUGAUACGGCCCUGCAUAUAGCUUCGGCAAAAGGUCACAAAAAAUUGGUUGGGAUGUUAAUCAAAAAAGGCUCUUCUAUCAAUCGCAGAAAUAACUUGUUAAAAACGCCGCUUCUUUUAGCGGUUGAAAAUGGUUUUCAGGAUGUUGUCGAAUCGUUAUUACAAAUGGGUGCUGAAAUAGAUGUUCCAGACUUCAAUGAAAAUUCACCACUCCAUGCUUCUACUCGAAAUGGUUAUGAGAAGAUUGCCAAUUUGCUUAUCGAAAGUGGAGCUAACACUGAAAUUGCUAAUAGCUUAGGCUAUAUGCCGAUUCAUUUAGCCGCAGUCAAUGGUACCCAACAUCUCAUGGAGGUAAUGAUCAAAGAUGAAGCAUCGAUUAAUAUGAAGGAUCUCAAUGGAUCAACACCUCUUCAUCUGGCUGCAUUGAAUGGCAAUACGGAGGUGGUGUUACUUUUAUUGGAAAAAGGUGCCGUUGUUGAUGUUCAAAAUAGAAAUGGAUCAACCGCGUUAGAUUUCGCAGCCUUCAAUGGAAACUUAAAUAUCACCGAACUAUUGGUCAAUAACAGUGCCAAUGUUAAUGCAACAGACAAGAAAGGUUUAGCGCCUAUCCAUUUUGCGGCUAAAUAUGGACAUGUGAAUCUCAUCGAAUAUCUUGUAAGCAAAGGUGCAAAUGUAAAUGCGACAGACGAUUGGGGACGAACGCCCCUGCAUUGGUCAGCCUGGAAUGGUCGUGAUAAAGCAACCGAAGUGCUGAUUGCGAAAGGGGUAGAUGCAAAUCACAAAGACAACGACGGAAGGCUCCCACUUCAUUAUGGGGUAGAAGGCGAUAACAAAAGAACAGUGGAGAUAUUGCUAAAUAAUACUCUUGACGUUAACGCUAAAGACAAUUUCGAACGAUCACCACUGCAUAAUGCUGGUUUUUUCGGGAACGAGGAAAUAAUCGAAGAUCUUAUUACCGCUGGUGCUGAUGUUAAUUUGAGAAACAAAUUUGGCAAUACACCACUUUUAAUAGCUACUGUUAAAGCUCGUGCAAAAGCCAUCAAAUUAUUGGUAAACAAGGGCGCUGACGUUAAUGUUAAGGGCAAUGAUGGCUGUACACCACUAUAUAUAACUGCUGGACUUGGCGAUGUAAAUGUCCUUGAGUUUCUUGUUAAAAAAGGAGCUGAGGUCAAUUCAUCCGGUUGCAAUGGGUGGACGCCUCUUCAUGUAGCUGCCAGUAAUGCGCAAGAACAAAAUGUUGAAUCUCUACUUAAAUUGGGAGCCCAUGUGAAUGCAACCAAUUCGCUGGGACAGACGCCGCUGUAUAUUGCCACUCGAAAUGGAAAAGAAAAAGUUGCCAAAAUACUUCUUGAAAAUGGUGCCGAUCCAAAUAUAAAUGGAAAGUACUUAUUGUCUGUUCUGAUUGUGGCCAUAAAUCGAGAUCAAGAGAAAAUUGCUGAAAUGUUGAUGACCAAAGGCGUGAAUACUAACGUCACUGACAAAGGGGGAAAAACACCUCUUCAUUUAGCAUCGCGAAAAGGUUACUAUAAAGUCGUUGAAAGUCUAGUAAAAGGUGGAAUAAAUGUGAAUGUAGCAGACGAGGAUGGGAAAACACCGCUUCAUAUGGCCGCAUUGAAAGGAAACGUGGAAAUAGCAAAAUUCCUAAUAAAAAAACAUGCAAAUAUUGACGCUCAAACGAAGGCUGAUGGGUCAACACCACUUUACAUUGCUGCUGAGGGAAAUCAUGUGAAAGUUGUGGAGAUUCUCCUUGAAAAUGGCGCCGAUGCCAACAUUAGAGGUUGGAAAAAUUUAACACCACUUGAAAUUGCUCGGAAAGGAGGCAGAACAGAAGUUGUCAAUAUUCUGACUAAAUACAGUGAACAAGGAACCCAGAGUAGAAUACUUUUGACCAUUUUAACGAUAUCAGUGAUUGCGAUCCUGUGUAUUAUGCUGUUUUGCUUAUACCUACGCUGCCACAACAAACAAUUCCUACGUCAUAAAAGAGCUGCUGAACUUGAACGAAAUAGCACUACGCCAGAUUUGCCGCUUUAUUUGGAAAAAUACCAAUUUCCAGAAAACCAAUUAAAGCUCGGCUCACGGAUCGGUGUGGGUACUUUUGGGUUUAUGUUCAAAGGACAUGCACUAGGCAUUGUACCCGAUGAAAGUAAAACAGAUGUCAGCGUCAAAAUGGUCAAAGGAAUGAAUAAUAACGGAGUUCGGCUCUACGAAUGUGACGAUGAGAAAUUAAAAGCACUUGGAUCUGAACUAAAAGUAAUGAUGCAGACGGGACGUCAUCUGAAUUUGGUUAAUUUGCUUGGUAUCGUGACGGAUAAUAUUAAAAAACGCGAAUUACAGGUCAUCACUGAGUAUUGCAAAUAUGGUAGUCUUAGAAACUACAUUAAGAAACAUCGCACGAAUUUCAUAGAUCAAAUCGAUCCGGCUAAUGGUGAUAUCGAUCCUAAAAUUGGUGUGAGGUCAGAGAACCUAACAGAUAAGGGAAAUUCGUAUCAGCAUAGUGAAACAGAGACAGGUCAAAAUGGUGCUGUUAAUCUCGCUUUUGUGUACGAUAGCCAUGUGGACGCAUCAAUCACGAACAAUGAACUUACGAACGAUGAUAUAGAAACUUUGGUUAUGACUACAUCGGAUUUGCUUCACUGGUCGUUUCAAAUAGCGAACGGCAUGCAGUAUUUAGCUUCUCACAAAGUGGUGCACGGUGAUUUAGCAGCUCGAAGUAUUUACUUAUGUGAGGAUAAUGUUGUGAAAAUCGGUGACUUUGGAUUAGCACAAUCUUUAUUCAAAACGGAUGUGCAUCUCAGAAAAAAAGAAGGACACCUAUCAUACAAGUGGUUAGCGGUUGAAUCGAUGAGAAACGCAGUGUUUAGCACAUAUUCGGACGUUUGGUCAUUCGGAAUCGUCAUGUGGGAGCUAUUUUCCCUUGCUCAGAUCCCAUAUUCUAACAUUGGAAGCAAAAUUUUACUCCAGCAAAUCGUAGACGGAUACAGAUUGGAAAAGCCAGCCUAUACGACACAAACUAUAUACGAUGUCAUGCUCUCGUGUUGGCGAUUGAUUCCCGGGUCACGUCCAACAUUCGAUGAUCUGGUGAAAACUUUCUCCAAACUGCUCGGCGAAGGAGUUUCAGAUCGGUACAUUGUCCUGAAUGAACCAUAUGAAAAGUGGAACGAAAUGAAUGCCAAGUGGAUAACUGACAAUAAUGUUGGAGCCUCUGAUUCACAGACAACCGCUCAAUUCAUAGAAGAUCAAAUAUACUUUAAUAAAGUGUAACUAAGAGAUGAAUAAAUGCUUUUUUGAACGAUUAUAA